AGAAACGGAGACCUCACAAGACGGUAAAACUUUUUAAAGGUCCGUUAUCUGCAGCACGAGGAACCGACACACCGCCGACUUAACGCUUUCACACCGUUUACGUUUUAAGUUCUGAAUCCUUUGUGACUUACCGGUGACGGUAACCGACCAGCACGUGUUAACGGUUUCUGGUGAAUAAAAAACAAAACAAAGGCCUGUUUUUUUUCCCUCCCCCAUUCGAGAAGACAUUAGAGAUGAGAUGCGGUGAGAACGAAUCACACUCACCUCAAACUUACCCUGAACACGGAUUUAACGUUAACGGAACUUUCAGUGGAUUUCAGUCAUUUUAAACGGAUUUAACGAAGAUUCCGACGUUUUAUCCGACACGUUUCAACAGUGGACCACCGCAGGCUCGUGACCAAAGCAACAUGUUGCAGUGGCUGAGUGAUGUUUUCUGGCAGGAACGUCUCUGGUUUCCUGAAGGAUUAGGCUGGGCGGAUAUUGAGGACCGAGACGGGCGUGUCUACGCAAAAGCACGAGACUUGUGGGUGGCACUGCCCAUCGCGCUUCUGUUCCUCAUACUUCGUCAGAUCUUCGAAAGGACAAUUGGUACAUAUCUGGCCUCGUUGCUGGAAAUCAAAGAAUCCAAAAGAAGAAAUGCAGCUCACAAUCCAACACUCGAGUCAUACUACUGUCACACUAGCAAGUACCCAACACAGAAGUCCAUAGCUGAGUUGUGUAGGCAAAGCGCCUGUACAGAGAAGCAGCUGCUGCAUUGGUUCAGACGCAGAAGAAACCAAGACAGACCCAUCCUGAUCAAGAAGUUCAGAGAGGCCAGUUGGAGGUUUGCGAUUUAUCUCUUUGCGUUUGUCGCUGGCCUGGCUGCUCUCAUUGAUAAACCAUGGCUGUAUGAUCUGGACGAGAUGUGGAAGGGAUUCCCAACUCUGACUGUCUUACCCUCACAGUAUUGGUACUACAUGCUGGAAUUGGGAUUUUAUUUCUCGCUCCUCCUCAGCGUGGCUACAGACGUCAGACGCAAAGACUUUAAAGAGCAGAUCAUCCACCAUGUCGCCACCAUCACACUGAUAAGUUUCUCUUGGUGUAUGAACUACAUCCGUGCAGGAACGCUGGUCAUGUUUCUGCAUGAUUCUUCUGACUACUUACUGGAGUCAGCGAAGAUGUUUAACUAUGCAGGAUGGAGGAAGAUGUGUAACUACAUCUUCAUUGUAUUUGCUGCAUUCUUCAUCAUCACCAGACUCAUCAUCUUUCCAUUCCGGAUCCUGUACUGUACGUGGGUAUAUCCUCUGACGCUUUACCCUCCAUUCUUCGGAUAUUACUUUUUCAACGGGCUUCUACUGGUGCUGCAGUGUUUACACAUAUUCUGGGCCGCUCUCAUCAUCCGCAUGGCACUGCGCUUCCUGCCCCACAACGAGAUCGUGGAAGACGAGAGGAGCGACAGAGAUGAGACGGACGACUCGGAGGAGGAGGACGAGAAGAGGAUUGGCGAAGUAAAGAAGCAUAGAGCGUUACAGAAUGGCUACGUCACACACAAUAACAACCACCGUAAAAUGCAAUGAUGGAGGAACACACACACACACACACACACAUUGCCAUGUGAGUAUACUACUCUGCUAACAGACACUGCUAACUGGAUUUGCUGAUCAUGUCAUGAGGUCACAUGACCACCAUUUUGGUGCUUCCUUUCCUUCUUCUUAAACAAAACACUCCUUUUAGACAAACACUUGAAGACUCAUUAGCCUAAGAAGCUAAUUAUAAAGUAGUUUGCUCGAUCAGGACUAUUUAUUUGAGUUGCGUUAGGAAGACAUUCACACUUAAUAAAUCCAAGUCGAUGACAAGACACUAAUUUUCAGGGAAUUUGUGACUUUUCAGUAGUCACCUAGCUAGGAAUCUAAUGCGGAAUUAGUGCACUACUGUAUGCCAAACGAUACCAAAGUGCCAGAAGGAGAGAGAAAGCUAGCUGGGAGAGAGAGAGAGAGAGAGAGAGAGAGAGAGAGAGAGAGAGAGAGAGAGAGAGAGAGGGGAGGAUGAACGUGAGAAUGGUCUUUAGUUUACUGAAUCAUGUGCCUUAUUUGUCCCUUCUGUCCUCAUCUGUCCCUCAUCCCGCUGGGUAAAUAAAAUAUAAUGCAGACUGUACACCAAGUGUGUAGCGAAGCAGUACAUCCGCACAUUUACAUUUGUGUACAUACAGUACAUUUAGCAGCGUUUGUUUUUUUUUGUUUUUUUUUUCUGUGGCACGAACGGAAACGUACAAACGCCGGCCGCGUCCCAAACCCCACUUUAAAACUCAACUGUAACCAACACGACACAACAGAAAAAGGACAGAACAUCAGAUGUUGUCAACAUUUAAGGGAAUAAUUAAAUGGAGACCGGCUUUGUUUCAAAUCACAUACUUGUAUACUACAUAGUAUGAUAUGGGGGGGGGGGAUAUAUUGACUGUGUUAUAAAGUGCAAAUGAGUAAAUAAUGUCCCAAUCUAAGAGUGGCUGUGUCCCGAAAUUAAUUGAGAGCAAAUGAGGCAGAAUCUCAAAUUGCAUGCUACAAAAGAAAGUAGUGUGCUUAAUGAUAUUUGGUCGUUUCUCCUUCGCUUCCAUUUCUCCCCCUUCUCUCUCUCUCGCUGUUUUUUUUUUUUUUAAAUCCCUGUAUUUUGAAUUACUGCUGCAUCCUCACUGCCAAACUUAACUACAGUGUUAUUUUUUUAUUGUUCAGUUUAUUGAGCUGAAAUGUUUUUUUGAUGAUGAUGAUGAUGAUGAUAACGAUGGAAGAGAUAAUAAACCAGUGAGAAUCACAA